AUGGCCAAAGUUAAAAAGAAUCGUUACCUAGACCUUAGUAAGGCUGACCUAGAGCUCCCUUCCCUAAAGGAAGACACUCGUUUUAUCUCUGCUAAUAACCUCCAGUUCUAUAAUGCCCUUAUAAAGGCCUACGACGAUCGCGAGGUAGAGAAGGAGGAGGUUUUGCCUCCUCUCUCUCUUAAGUAUGAUAGAUCCGUAUAUAUUACUAGAAUACGUUACGCUAUUCGUACCCUAAAACUUCCUGUUCCUUACGAGGUCUGUAAGGAUAACGGUACUCCUCGGCAAUGCUACUAUAACGAGGUUAUCGAUACUUACGAGUAUUUCGAUAUGUUCGUCGACCCUUGUGUAGAGGUUGAUAAGGAGGAUAAGCCUAAGGAUAAGAAGGUUUUCGACUAG